AUGGGCUUCGGCUUGCUGACAACUACCUCGACGCCUGCUGCUCCUACUAUUACCUCCGAGACCAAGCCAGCACCCGUGCCGGAUUCUAGCGCUACAGAAUCACCCUCAGUCACCAUUUUGUCCAGUAUUGGGUAUCGUUGUACCGACGAUGCUUGCACCUUUCUUGUCGCUGUUGGUUCCGAGACCCUCACUGGCGUCCGAGCUCCCACUGGUGGCAUGUUGACUGUACUUGGCCCAUCAGACUCUGCCAUUUCGACCGUCUCGAUAGCGCCCUCGGCCACUCUACCAUCCUUCACUGGAAGUGUUACCACCUUCAAUAUUGUGCCAGGCACAGGCUCGCAGACAGCUACCAUCAGCACACGCCCUCCACCAUCCAUCUCUUCGACGAAUGGACUGACCACGACCCAAAGCACCGUCGUUGCUAAUGGCACAACCACUUUCCCAACUGGGUCGAUCACUUCAAAUAGCUCGAUGGAGCUGACCAGUCCCACCAGCUCAUCUAGCUCGACCAGCUCAACUAGUACGCAUACCCUACCACCAGUCGUCACGUCCACCAGUACUACCGUAAUCGAGCCAACAUCUUCUGCUACAUCCUCCACUGCGGCCUCAUCGGCUGAUUCGAACGGUGCACCUUCCACUGCUUCUUCUCAAGUUGCCCCAACCUUGAAAGAGAAGGUGAUACUCUGUUUGGGCGUUGCAGUAAUUUUCAAUCUUGCAUUUACUGUCAUGUUCUAG